UGCUCUACUGUACAGGAGUCGUGUGCAGCGCACUGAUGAACCCCACGCUUGGCACCGUAAGAGUUCCAGCUAAUGAGUAUCUAUCCAAGGCAACCUACAGUUGCAAUGAUGGAUAUGUGUUGUCUGGUGAUGCUGUGACUACUUGCCUACUGACUGGACUAUGGUCGACAUCACCACCCACAUGCCAACGUAUACCAACAUGUGCUGUCCUUACAAUCGCCAAUGGGGAAUUCAGUGAACAGCAGACGCAGAGAUUGAACGCGGUUGCGAAUGUGACAUGCAACGAAGGAUACGAGAUCAACGGCAGUAGAUCUGUUGUGUGCUUGGAAAGCGGAAAAUGGUCUGACACUCCACACUGCAUGGAGAUACCGACAUGUGCAGUGCUCCAAAUCGCCAAUGGUGCAUUCAGUGAAGCGCAGACACAGAGAGUGAACAGUGCUGCUGAAGUGACGUGUAACACCGGAUACCAGAUCAACGGUAGUAGAUCUGUUGUGUGUUUGGAAAGUGGAGUAUGGUCCGACAAUCCACACUGCAUGGCCAAUCCCACAACUGCUCCAGUCACGGAGGCGGCCUGGCUCGAACAAUCUAACAGUCUAAUCGUCAUCAUUGUGGUUGGCGUGCUUGGCAUCCUGCUCCUAUUCUUCAUCAUCGCCUUCAUCAUCGUGCGACGAGGAGCGUCUGGUCACAAGGGCGAAAUCACGUUCAACAACCACCAGGCUGAGGAAAGCUAUCAAAUGGACGUGCAGAAUAGCACCACCACCUCCACGUUCACGCAGAAAACCGAUUCAGCCGCAGACAUGUACGCCGUACCGGAGAAAGCGCCAAAAAAGCCCGCCCCGCAGGUUUCUGACGAAGGCAUCACGUAUGCAGCAGUGGAGUUUUCGGCCGACCGGAAGCCCACUAUCUCGGUUUCACCCAAAGUCGACGACAACACCACCUACAGUGAUGUCACAUUCCUGCGAAAAACGGCCACGUAACUCAAUCUUUUGCCAUGUUUUACCACUAUUUUUUUCAUUUCCAAACCCAUUGCUAUGGAUGCGGUAUGCCAAGCUUGCCUUGGGAACUGCUUUAUUUUGCUAUGUCGUCACAAGAUAGGAUUUAAACAUGGUAAUUUUAACUAUCAAUAAUAUGCGUAGGCCAUACACCUAAUGCUACAUUUGUUUCAAUUACAGAGGCAAUCUUUUUUGGUUUAGAUCUUUUUGAUGCUAGAUAUUCGCUUGCCAUAGCUUUUUCCUUGUAGAUACCCCCAUUUUCAUGUGUCUUCAGCAUGAGCUCAAUUAUCUUUACAUCAAUGCAAUUAUGCUGAUUACCGGUAUGUGCAAUGCCACAUUUGGAGGAGUAAUUCAGGCCUGGCCCGAUUUAGUGGUGGCCUACACAUAUGGA